AUGGAUGGUGGCGAUGAAGUCGCUGAAGCUCCGGCUACUCCACCACAGCCUCUGGAGUGGAAAUUCUCUCAGGUCUUCGGUGAACGAACAGCUGGUGAAGAAGUACAAGAAGAUGAGAUGAUGGAGCCGGCUAUGGAAGUAUGGACUUAUGUUGACUAUUUGUUGCUGAAAAUUGCUGUCGAUUUUAGCAUAGCUUCAUCAGAUGAGAGAUUAUCGAGAAACUUACCUUUGAUGUCUUCUUUUGGUUCAAGAAGGAUGGAGUUGCAGAAUCAUGCCAUUGCUGGAAGUAGAAUGUCUGCUUGUUUGGUUGACAAGUACAACUGGAUGUGGUGGAAUCUUGAGUAUGUUGAUAUCAUUUCAGCUAUUGAAUUUGAUAGAAGUGGUGAUCAUCUUGCUACUGGUGACCGUGGAGGCCGUGUGGUGCUCUUUGAGAGGACUGACACUAAGGAUCAUGGUGGAUCCAGAAGGGAUCUGGAGAGGAUGGAUUACCCAAUUAGUAGGCAUCCCGAGUUUCGAUAUAAAACAGAAUUUCAAAGCCAUGAACCUGAGUUUGACUAUCUCAAGAGUUUGGAAAUAGAGGAGAAAAUCAACAAAAUUAGAUGGUGCCAAGCAGCCAAUGGUGCUCUCUUUCUCCUAUCUACUAAUGAUAAAACGAUCAAGUAUUGGAAGGUAGGAAAGGAACCUUAUCUUGAAGUCCAAGAGAAGAAGGUCAAGAAAAUUUCUGAGAUGAAUAUGGACCCUUUAAAAGCUGUAGGAAAUGGUGGCAUUGCCAGUUCAAGUAAUUCAAAUAUUGGUAAACAAUGUCUUGCAAAUGGAGGAGACAAGUCGUAUGAUUUACCAAGCAAUGACUUGAGCAUUCCACCUGGGGGCUUUCCAUCACUGCGUUUACCUGUGGUGACUAGCAAUGAGACAAGCUUGAUGGCUAGAUGUCGAAGGGUAUAUGCUCAUGCACAUGAUUAUCAUAUUAAUUCAAUUUCAAACAACAGUGAUGGUGAAACUUUUAUAUCAGCUGAUGACCUACGAAUAAAUCUUUGGAAUUUGGAAAUUAGCAACCAAAGUUUCAAUAUUGUUGAUGUCAAACCUGCAAAUAUGGAGGAUCUAACUGAGGUUAUUACAUCAGCUGAAUUCCAUCCCAGCCAUUGUAAUAUGUUAGCAUACAGCAGUUCGAAAGGCUCAAUCCGACUCAUUGAUUUGCGACAAUCAGCUUUGUGCGACUCUCAUGCCAAAUUGCCGACAGUAACAUCCUCUGCAUACAGGUUUGAGGAACCAGAGGCACCUGGCUCUAGAUCAUUUUUUACAGAAAUAAUUGCCUCAAUCUCUGAUAUCAAAUUUGCAAGGGAUGGAAGACAUAUACUUAGUCGUGAUUACAUGACUCUAAAGUUGUGGGAUAUCAAUAUGGAUUCAGGUCCAGUUGCAACAUUCCAAGUUCAUGAAUAUUUAAGACCAAAGUUGUGUGAUUUAUAUGAAAACGAUUCCAUCUUUGAUAAAUUCGAGUGUUGUUUGAGUGGUGAUGGAUUGCGAGUUGCAACAGGCUCCUACAGCAAUCUGUUUCGAGUGUUUGGUUGUGCCCCGGGAGGUACUGAGGCAACAACUUUAGAAGCCAGCAAAAAUCCAAUGAGGAGACAAGUCCAGACCCCUUCAAGGCCGUCGAGAUCACUAAGCAGCAUAACACGUGUUGUAAGACGGGAACAAUCACCAACAGGAGCAGAAGCCCCAGGAGUUGAUGCAAAUGGAACUUCUUUUGAUUUCACCACAAAGUUGCUGCACCUAGCGUGGCAUCCAACUGAAAAUUCCAUUGCCUGUGCCGCUGCAAACAGCUUGUACAUGUACUAUGCAUAA